UCCUGCACGCCGCCAUCACCAACCGUGACCGGAAGGGGAGGAAUCCAGGACCUUCCCAAGCACUCCGAGCACCUUGCCCGACGGCGAGAUGGAGGCGGCCCUGGAGGUGACAGCGCGCUACUGCGGUCCGGAGAUGGAACGUUAUGUCCAGUGCGUAGUUGCCAAUCCGCUGUCCUGGCAUCGGGAUUGCUACCACCUCAAGAUGAGCGUCGCUCAGUGCGCCUCCUCCCACCCCAUCAUUCGUCAGAUCCGUCAGGACUGUGCCGAACCUUUUCAAGACUUUGACCUGUGUCUCCGAAAAAAUGAAGCUAAUGUGCGCAACUGCACUGAGCAUAUGCGGCGAUUCCUACAAUGUGUUGAACAAGUACAGCUGCCCACCAAGCCAAACUCCCUCCAGUGAGCACUUUUUCUUGUGGCACAGGAAUAUUGAGCGUAUGUGAUUGCAGUAUUUUCCCCAAGUCAGUUUGGACAGAACUUGGCCACUGAUGGGAGUGCUGAGCCCCUAUGUCCCACCAACCAAAUAAAGACACAUUUGUGCAAUGC